UUCCUCGGCUCCUGGAGGCUGUGACUCUGGCAGCUCCAGCUGGUCCACACCAUGGCCACCUGCUGGCAGGGCCUGUGGGCCUAUCGCUCCUACCUGAUUGUGUUGCUUCUGCCCAUCAUUCUGCUGCCUCUGCCUAUCCUUGUCCCCAGUAAGGAAGCCUACUGCGCCUACGCCAUCAUCCUCAUGGCGCUGUUCUGGUGCACCGAGGCUCUGCCCCUGGCCGUCACCGCCUUCUUCCCCAUCAUCCUGUUCCCCAUGAUGGGUAUCAUGGAUGCCUCUGAGGUCUGCAUCGAGUACCUCAAGGACACUAACAUCCUGUUCCUCGGGGGGCUGCUGGUGGCCAUCACUGUGGAGCACUGGAACCUGCACAAACGCAUUGCCCUCCGCGUGCUCCUCCUCAUCGGGGUGCAACCAGCCCUGCUCCUCCUGGGCUUCAUGAUGGUCACAGCCUUCCUGUCCAUGUGGAUCAGCAACACAGCUACCACGGCCAUGAUGGUGCCCAUUGCACAUGCUGUCCUGCAGCAGCUGCAUGACACACCCAAGGAUAUUGAGGAGGGCAGUGACAACCCCACCUUUGAGCUCCAGGAGCCAAGUCCCAAGAAGGAGGUGACCAAGCUCGAUAAUGGGCAGGCCCUCCCUGUUGCAGCUGCUCCUUCAAAGCCAAGGGUACAGAAAACCCAGGAGCAGAUACGCUUCACUCAGUGCAUGAGCCUGUGUGUCUGCUACUCGGCCAGCAUUGGGGGCAUCGCCACACUGACUGGCACAACGCCCAACCUGGUGCUGCAAGGCCAGGUCUCCUCGAUCUUCCCCCAAAACCCCAACGUGGUGAACUUUGCCUCCUGGUUCAGCUUUGCCUUCCCCACCAUGAUUGUCUUGCUGAUUCUGGCUUGGUUAUGGCUUCAGAUCCUCUUCCUGGGUUUCAACUUCCGGAAGAAUUUUGGCUUUGGAGAACAGGAGCACCAGCGAAAGGACGCAGCCAUCCAAGUCAUCCAGACAGAGCACAGGCUGCUGGGCCCCAUGAGCUUUGCUGAAAAGGCUGUCACCGUCCUCUUUAUUGCUCUGGUGCUGCUCUGGUUCACACGAGAGCCAGGCUUCUUUGAAGGCUGGGGUAACCUGGCUUUCGCCAAUGCCAAGGGGGAAAGCAUGGUGUCCGAUGGGACAGUGGCCAUCUUCAUCAGCAUAAUUAUGUUCAUUAUGCCCUCCAAGAUCCCAGGACUGAGCCAGGACCCAGAAAAACCAGGGAGACUGAAGGCCCCUCCCGCCCUCCUCAACUGGAAGACAGCGAACGAGAAGAUGCCCUGGAAUAUCGUGAUCUUGCUGGGUGGUGGCUUUGCCCUGGCCAAAGGCAGUGAGAAAUCUGGCCUGUCAGCGUGGCUGGGAGACAAACUGACCCCGCUGCAGAAUGUGCCGCCCCCCGCCACAGUCUUCAUCCUCUGUCUCCUGGUUGCCAUCUUCACUGAGUGCACUAGCAACGUGGCCACCACCACGCUCUUCCUACCCAUACUGGCCUCCAUGGCUCAGGCCAUCUGCCUCCACCCUCUCUAUGUCAUGCUGCCCUGCACUCUGGCAGCCUCCCUGGCCUUCAUGCUGCCCGUGGCUACCCCACCCAAUGCCAUCGUCUUCUCUUUUGGGGGCCUCAAAGUGUUGGAUAUGGCCCGGGCAGGAUUCCUGCUCAACAUCAUCGGGGUACUGGUCAUCACACUGGCCAUCAACAGCUGGAGCUUCCCCAUCUUCAGCCUGCACACCUUCCCUUCCUGGGCCCACUUCAAUACCACAACCCACUGCUUACUCAACACCACCACGCCGAGCCCCUAGACUGGGGUGCAGCUAGCCAUGCCCAGGAAAACCCACCUUGUCCCACUCCUCUGAGCCAGGAGGGGACGCCCCAAGUUCUAAGCCCUGGGCUAAAGACUGAGAGAAAGGCCCAUGUCUACACAAUCGAGUGUGCCCAUGAGUGUGCUCAUCUCUAAUGUGUCAGAGGAAAGUGUGUGUAUCUAUGUCUGCGUGUGUGUGUGUGUUGGUGCAUGUGAGUGGGUGCUGCUGUGAGCGGGUCCGAGGGGGGUUUGUGUGCACAUCUGAUGUGCACACUGUGCAUUCAUGGAAGAUACAACCUGCCCUUCUUUGUCUCUCCAGCUUAGUGACUUUGCACUCUAUUUAUUGAAACUCAGGAUUGGAGUGGCCUGGGAGCAGGGCUGCCUCAGGGACUGGUCCAGCAUCUGAGGUCUCCCCAGGCUCCCAGGGU